CCCCCCCCCCCCAAAAAAAAAAAAAAAAAAAAAAAGAAAAUAUUUCGGGCCCAAAUCUCCAUUUCGCGGCCACCUGAACUUUCUGUUUUGCUUCCCGCAACUAAAUUUUCGAAAGCCCCAACGUGGAAAUGAGCUUUAUGCGUCCUUGCUGCAAAUCCUGAUGAACACAGAGAAGACACAUAUUGGAGAAGCACUUUUUGUGGUAGUCUUUAUCUAGUGUGUUGUAUCCACUUCACUCAUUCAAUGGCUCAACUGCCACUGCAAAAAUGAGCUAUCACAAUUUCAAUUUUCCGCAAUCUCAACUGCCGAAUCAAACUCAGCCUUCUGCUCCAUUUUCAUUGUCAGCUUUGACAACAACACUGGAACCAGUGUUGACUUCAACUUCAGCUCCAUCUUUGGCUCCAUCUCUGCCUUCUGCUCCUGCUCAGGGGCUAGCCUCGACUCCGGCUCAAGCUCUUACAGCAUCUCAAGCUCCUGCUGAAUCUCAAGCUCCUGCUGAUACUUCAGUUCUGUCACCUCAUUCAAUGGCUCAACUGCCACCUGCAAAAAUGAGCUAUCAUGAUUUCAAUUUUCCUCAACCUCAACUGCCAAAUCAAACUCAGCCUUCUGCUCCAUCUUCAUUGGCAGCUUCGACGACAACUCUGGCACCAGCAUUGACUUCAACUCCAGCUCCAUCGUUGGCUCCAUCUCUGUCUUCUGCUUCUGCUCAGGGCCUAGCUUUGAGUCCAGCUCAAGCUCUUACAGCAUCUCAAGCUCCUACUGAAUCUCAAGCUCCUGCUGAUACUUCAGUUCUGUUACCUGUUCGUGAAGCUGCUCCAUCGAUUGCGCCCUCCAAUUCUACUUGUAUCCCUGAACCUUUGAUGUACAAGAACCGUUUGCAAGAGUAUGCCCAGAAGUCAGGCAUACAAUUGCCUGUGUAUCAUACCAUCAAUGAAGGAUUUCAACAUUCGCCGAUGUUUAGGUCAACUGUGUAUGUUGAUGGAGCGGUUUUCACUUCACCGGACACGUUUUCACAUAGGAAAACAGCUGAACAAAGUGCUGCGAAAAUUGCAUUGGAUACAGUAUUAAAGAAGAUGAAGGAUGAAGGAUGUCCUCUCAUUUAUGUGGAUGUGGUGUUUUGCAAGUCUAUCCUGAAUGAAUUUGCUGUUAAGAUGAAUAUGGAAAAGCCAACAUAUAACACCAUUCGACAUGAAGGACAGCUGUCAGUUUUCGUAUCUUCGCUGUCUUUUAAUGGCAUAUUAUAUACUGGUGAUCCUGGAAAAAACAAAAAAGAAGCUGAACAGUUGGCAGCUCGUGCUGUUAUUAUGUCACUUUUAGGUAAGUCUGAAUUUGAAACUAUUCUUUCGGAGAUUAUCAGAUCUAAAUUCAAGCUUCUGGCCACAUUUAGUAAGGUCAAGCAGCCAUGCAAAGCAGAUGCUAACGUUUUAUCUUCAGUGAUGAACAUUGGACACAAUGCUAGUACUGUUCCGGAGAAAGACAAGGGAGUUGAAGCUGCUGUAGUUGUUAAUGCUGGAACAACUGGUAGUAGUGUACAACCAGUAUCUGUUAAUAGUGUUCCAACAUCUGUUGAUAGUGCUGCAGCAAGUGUAGUAGCAGAGGCAUCCUCUGGAAAUCAUCGGCCCCACCAUGAAUUCAGAUCAGUCAAAUCAGAACCUUUUCCUGAAGUAAAUAUACCAAAUCCUGAUUCUCAAGCAGCUAUUAGAUCAAUUGAAUUUGUUCAUGCUGCUGCUGAGCAGCCUACAAGUGACAGUCAAAGUUCAGGCAAAAGGCGACGGAGGAACAGGAGAAAGGCUAAUAAGAGAAUGCGAACAAAUGCUCAGUUAUCUGUUGCAACUUUGCCUCUAAACCAAGCGCCAGCUUGUUCUGUGGCACAAUGAUGGAAAGCAAGCCAAAUGUGUAAAUGUAUUGUUAGGUGUCUUGUUCUGUGGCACAAUGAUGGAAAGCAAGCCAAAUGUGUAAAUGUAUUGUUAGGUGCAGACAAACUUUGUACUUCUAUUAGGUUUUAGUUUACCAGAAAAAAAAAAAAAAAUUGUCUUAGUUUUAGUUUGGACAAUAAUGAACCCUAUUCUUGUAUGAUAUUUGCAUUCUCAACUUUUGUACCUCUUUGUAUUGCUUUCUCUAUUUUGGUUUAUCUUAUUUCUUUAUAUUUA